UAUUAUAAUUACAUCAUGGCAAAUAAAAAUCAUUCACACUCAUAUUUUGUUUCACUUCUCAUUUUUCUUCUAUGGCUUUGUUUAUACAUGAUAAUCACUUUCACAUAAUCUCCUUGUUCUUGUUCUUGAUUACUUUGCCAACAUCAAUUUCCCAACAACAACUUAACAAAUAUGAAGAGUGUCUCAAACCAUACACAUGUGGUGGUGAAUUAUCUGUAUACUAUCCAUUUUGGGGACAAAACAGACCAAAUUAUUGUGGCAGCUACACCAAUCAAUUCAACCUCAAAUGUGAUUCUCAAAACACAUCUAUUCAAAUUGCUUCUCAAAAUUUCCAAGUCUUACACGUUGAUCAACUCGGUUACACCAUCAAAAUGUUUCGAAAAGGCCUUGUUUAUGAUAAUUGUUCUUCGGCUUUAACCAACACUUCUUUAGACUUGAGGCACUUUCAAUAUAUGCCUAAUGUGAGAAACAUCACUAUUUUAUAUAACUGUCCUAACGAUAUCGAGUUUCUAAAUGGCACGAAAGCAAGGGUGAACUCGUUUUCGUGCAAGGAAGAUAAGAAAAAGCGCGCUUUCUAUGCAGAUUCUGCAUUAGCAGAAGGUAUAAAAUGUGACGGAGUUCGACUUGAAGUUCAAGUAACACAGGAAGUGGAGAUUGGUGGUGGAAUUGAAGAGUUGAACAAAGCUUUGAGUAAUGGAUUUGAUGUUAAAUAUUUUUCAAAUUCUCAAGAAUGCUUAAAAUGUGUUUUCAGUAAUGGAACUUGUGGAGGGAAUGAUAGGUCUCAAUUUUCCUGCUAUUGUCCUGAUGGAACUGAAGGUUUAGAUUGUUCUCAUCUCCACGACAAUGGAUGGAAUUGGAAAAAGAAGUUUGGUGUAGGGGUUGCUGUUGCUGCUGUGUCCAGUGCAAUUUUUGUAGGCAUUGCAUUCUACAUAUAUUAUGGUAGAAAGAAGAAAAAGAAUAUUCAUGCAGUAUCAUCUACUAAACUAUCUCAUAGUAUUUCUAGUUCUAGUUCAGAAAAUUCUGAGAAUGGAAGUAGAUAUCAUGGAGUCCACUUCUUCACCUACAGUGAACUUGAAAAAGCCACAAACAACUUUGAUUCUACCACAGCACUAGGAGAUGGAGGCUUUGGCACAGUCUAUUUUGGAAAACUGCGAGAUGGACGUUUCGUUGCGGUGAAACGCAUGAACGAAAACAACUAUAGGAGAGUUGAGCAAUUUGUGAAUGAAGUUGAGAUCUUAACCGGCUUACACCAUCAAAAUCUUGUGUCACUAUAUGGAUGCACUUCACGCCACAGUCGCGAACUUCUACUUGUAUAUGAAUAUGUUCCUAAUGGAACUGUUGCUGAUCACCUUCAUGGUAAGAAAGCAAAACCCGGCAUGCUACCUUGGCAUAUCAGAAUGAACAUUGCAAUAGAAACUGCUAGUGCAUUGGUAUAUCUUCACGCCACCGACAUCAUCCAUAGAGAUGUGAAAACAACCAACAUUCUCCUCGACAAUCAUUUUAGUGUCAAAGUAGGAGAUUUUGGACUUUCGCGUCUAUUUCCAAUCCAUGUCACGCACAUUUCAACUGCUCCACAAGGGACUCCUGGUUACGUGGAUCCGGAAUAUCAUUUGUACUAUCAACUUACUGAUAAAAGCGAUGUAUUUAGCUUCGGAGUUGUGUUGAUUGAGCUGAUAUCGUCUAUGCCUGCUGUCGAUAUCUUGAGGAAAAGGCAAGAUAUCAAUUUGUCUAACAUGGCUAUUAAGAAGAUUCAAAAUGGAACAUUGCAUGAGCUUGUUGACCCUACACUUGGUUUUGAAUCAGAUUUCAAGAUAAGGAAAAUGAUCAAUGCUAUGGCAGAGUUAGCAUUUCAGUGUUUGCAGAAUUCUAAAGAUGUUAGACCUUCUAUGGUUGAAGUGUUGGAAAGGCUUAAGGAUAUUCAGAGUGAUGGAACAUAUAAAUCUAAACCUGAGGUGUUGGAUAUCUCAGUAGAUGAUGAUGAUAUUACUUUGAUAAAAAAUGAACCACCACCAUCAUCACCAGAUUCAAAUACCAUUAUUUUCCCUGAUAGAACAUAGUUGAAAUUGAAUAUAUUCCUCAUAAAGUAUUAAUUUACAUUACAUCCUUGUGCAUAUCACAUUUUUGCUUUACAUUUCUUCUGCUAUAAUUAUAAAUUAAAUCUAUCAUCAAAAUUGCAAACUAUUUCACUUUUGUUAAAAUUAGCAGGCAGGCACCAUUCCAUGGAAUAAAAUAUGACAAGAUUUAAUAGUAA